AUGGACAGUUUUUGCCUGUUACGGAUAGCCUUUUUUCCACUAGUGACUAGACCAUAUUUGGCUUACGCGAUGCAUAUCUUUUCUCAAUUUAUGCAACAACCGCGACAGGAUCAUUGGGAGGCUGCCCUUCGUACGGUGAGAUACUUGAAAGGAUGUCCGGGCCAGGGAAUUCUUUUGAGCUCUUAUUGUGAUUUACACAUUACAGGUUGGUGUGAUGCGGAUUGGGCAAGUUGUCCUUUGACUAGACGUUCUAUUAAUGGUUGGUUGGUAUUUCUUGGUCACUCUCCUGUUUCUUGGAAGACUAAGAAACAAGAUACGGUUGCUAAAUCUUCUGCGAAGUCUAAAUAUCGUUCGAUGUCUAAAGCAACUGACAAAAUCCGGUUUUUCAUGAGCGUACGAAACAUAUUGAAGUUGACUGUCAUUAUGUUCGGGACGCAAUUCAGGAAGGCAUUAUUAGUCCGUCGUAUGUGA